UAUACAUCAAUAGAAUAAAGCAAGCCAUCUGAUCUUGUACAGGGCGUUCUAUAAAUAGCCAUGAAGAUCAAGUUCGUUGAUAUAUAGUUGCAAGCUAGCUCCAAUAACGCAAACAAACACUUGGUUUCUUAUCCUCCAUAUUCAUCCCCAAGAAUAAUCCCACCAAAAGACACGUUUCUUAUCCUCCAUAUUCAUCCCCAAGAAUAAUCCCACCAAAAGACAGUACUGAUCAUAUCCAUGGAUGCAUCCAAGUCUACGGAAAGCUCCGGCCAGAAAACCAUGAAAGACCAUACAUUUUCAGGUCUUGGAAACCUAGUGAGGCUCCUCCCGACGGGGACAGUCUUCACGUACCAGUUCCUCAGCCCUGCCUUAUCCAACUAUGGCAACUGCAACACCUUCAAGUACAAGUUCCCCACAUCCAUCCUCGUUGGUCUCUGUGGUCUGGCUUGCUUCUUUUCUACUUUCACCGACAGUUAUGUCGGAGAUGACAAGAAAACCCACUAUGGGAUUGCAACGUGGAAGGGUAUUUGGCCCUCGUCGGAGUCCAAGAACGUCGACCUGUCGGCCUAUAAGCUUCGGUUUGCCGACUUCGUUCAUGCCUUCUUUGCGGUGGCUGUGUUUGGAGUCGUCGUGCUUUUGGAUCAAAAUACUGUGGAGUGCUUCUACCCUGUGUCGGCUUCAACUGAGAAAACUUUGCUCAAGGUGUUGCCUCCUGUUGUUGGUGCGGUGUCGAGUGUGGUUUUCAUGGCUUUUCCUAACAAGCGCCAUGGAAUCGGAUACCCUAAAAGUACUAGUACUGAGUCUUCGAAGGAUUCCAAGUCUAGUACUAGUACUACUGGAGCAGUAUCCUCAACGACAGAAGUCUAACGAAUUACCUUCGAGUGUGGUUUUCUUUUACCUUGUUGCCUAGCUUGUUUUCGUGUGCGUAUAAAUUCCCAUGUUUAUAAGGUUAAUUUGAUGGAUUCGAGGUUAAUUAUUUGAUGGAUUCGAACUUAAUUUGUUGCAUGGCGUCAGGCCAAUUGUAACAGCUUGUACGUGAUCAAUCUUCACAGGAUUUUCAGUUCGCUUGUACGUGCAUGCAUGGCCGUUUGCGGAGAAAUAUUCUAGAGUUCAAAUUAAACCCUUUAUAA